UAAAUCAAUUUUUGAUUUGGGCUUCCUUUCUAGUCAAAACAACAUUUUGCCCUAACCUUUUUUGAGACUCUGCUGCACUUCAUCACUCCAACAAUGUCAUCCCCCUUCUUUACGGCAGCUGACGAAUUUCUUCCAUGUUUCUUCUCUCCGACGGAUAAUCCCGCUCUCGCUGCCUCUCAGGUUCACCGUGUUUACUCAGUGAUUUGUCACCAGAAUUUAAAGCCAAUUAGUGAAACAUUCAGGCUUAUGAUAACUUUAUGCAUCAAAAUGAAAGAUUUUGAUGGUGCAUAUGGAAUGCUUAAUGAUUUGGAGAAAAUGAAUUUGAAGCCAACAGCUAACAUGUACAAUGCCCUAUUGGGAGGGUACUUCAGAGAAAAAGACAAGAUCAGCCCAAUGCAAAGAGCCUAAGUAAAGUUUUCAACCCUCGUCGAGAUGAAGCUCUUUCUGUUUUUCUGAUUGAUCCAGCUAAACAGUAACAAGCUGAUAAAGAUGCAAGGAAAUAUUUUCCAGAGAAUCUUAAUAAGAGGGUUUCAGUUUCAGGACCACUAAAUCAUUAGCGAGGAACGAAACCUGGGAGGGAACCUAUUCAUCCUCUUAUGGUUUCAAGUAGAGCCAACUUGUCUAAAUUAUCAGGUUUAGUAGCAGCUAGGACUUCAUCCUCUGAAGAUCUGCAUGAGAGAUCUGGUCCUUCACAGCCAAAAACAGCAAAUAAUGGAGGGAGAUUCGGAAGAUCAGUUAAUGAAGUGGAGUCAACAAGAAAGCAGGAUAGAAAGCAUUACACACAAAGAAUGCCAUCUUCUCGCCCAUUAGAUGAUGAACGAGCCUGUACUAAAGGACAGAGUCUGGCGAGUUUGAUUUAUUUAUUUAUUUUCAAUUAAAUGUUUUGAUUUAGAACAUUGCAUACUUCAAUUUGUUCCCCUUUUUUUUUAUUUUUUUAUUUUUAUUUAUUUAUUUAUUUAUUUUUUUUAAGGUUUCCCAAAGAAGAAGAAAAUUCAUUAAAUUCAUUUUUUACUUUUUUUACCCCCUCAAUAUAUAUAAUCUGUAUUUUCAUUUUUCCAUCAUGCCUGUAUAAACUUACAAAUAGACAUUCAUAUGAUACAUAUAAUUAUUAGCACUGGACAUUUCACAUCUAUUUACAGCAUGGUUAUCUGAUGGUUGAAUAUGUUUCAUUAUUUUCUUGUGAUUACAUUGCCUAUGAUAUUAACAAUGCUAUUUGCAGUUCUGGUAAGUAAUAUAUUUUCUAUUCAUAUUCUGUUCAUUAUUUCUCUUGGCCUAGUAAACAUAUAAAAAGCUGAGGUUCCUAGAUUCCAUGGAUUUCUUGUUUAUUUUGAUAAUUACAUGAACAUAGUAGUGGAUGUUUUGUAGAAUGAAAUUUAUUAUUAAAGUAAGGCAAAAGAGAGUGUUUUUGGCUCUUUUUCUAGAGAGCCAAAGAACACUCUCUUUCAACUUUCUAAAAGAAUUGCAUUGCUUCUUUAGCACUCUUCCUCUGGAAAGGAAUACACAUACCUCAAACAGAAGGUGUACUGGAGAUGCUUUAACUGAUGAAAUUUUAUUUUGGCAAGUGAUUUUCUUGGAUGUUGAUAUAAAAUGUUGUUUGACAUGCUUAAUCUUAUAGAUUAAAUUCUAUAAUGGGCAUAAUGGAGAUUUGCCCUUAAAAUUUUAUUUGAAAAUGACCUUAUUUAUUAUUUAGUGUCUUGUCUCUAGAUAAGAUGAUUGUCUAUAAGGUGUUACUCUUUUACCUUCUUUGCUUUUUCUUUUUUUCCCCCUAAUUUUGCAAUGCUAUCAUUCCAACUGUAAUUAGGCCAUUCAAAGUGAAUGAGGCUCAUAAACUUUGCUUAUAGAAAAGUGGGAAAUGACCAAAGCAUUAUAUCAUUUCUAAGGUUUCUUUUAAGUUAUUAUGGAGGUUUGAGCUGCGUUAAAUACUUACCCUAUUCCCGUAUGCAGGUGUGCAGGUAUGCAGAGUUUUUUGUCAAACUUCACAAUGUUUCCAGGUGCACCUAUGAGAUAAUGGAGAUUUAGGAUUGAUGGGUAGAGAAAGACUUUUGGAUAAUUAAAUGAUAAUUUUAUAGCUUUUCACAUUGUCUUUAUAUUUCUCUCUCUCUCUCUCUCUAUAUAUAUGUUAUAUUGGUUUGAAUUUCAAAUUUUAUGUCACUUUUUUAUUUGACAUUAGUUUUUUUUUUGUAACGUCAACAGUAAUUAGCAUUUUUUCAUGUGUGUUUAGAGGGUUUUUCAUAAGAUAGUUGGAAUUAUAUAUUUAAGGUUUUAGUUUUCAUAAUGUAUAUUCAUUUAGUUUAGACACUGUAACAUAGUUAGAGUUUUUUAGUUACCUUAUAAUUGUUAGCCAAUUGUUAUACUAGGUUGGUUUCAUUUAAUUUAAGUUAUUAUUUUUUUAGAUUUCAAAAAUGUAAGGAUGAUGCUCAAGUUUGAUGCAAUGGAGUACAUGUGGUUAAAAUUA